UGAAACUAUAAAUGCUAUGUGGGAAAAGUCCUCUGGAGUGCCGCGGUGAAAGCUUCAACUUCGUAGGUCGGCCUCUGGCGAGAUCAAUUGCUUUCGACCGAGCCUUUUCAAGGUAAAGUUAAAACCUUUUAGUGGCCUUUUCUGCUUCUCGAAAGAAUUUCUCAUUUGCUUUAUCUAAACGGGGACAUAAAUCUUCGCGCGUUUACCUGGAAACUUUAAAGGUAAUAUUCUCCUCCAGAUUACUCAGGUUUACAGCUUAAAUGCGGGGAUUGGGAUGGCAUGCCUUAAAGAAACAUGCGGCGGUUCUAGGGUAUUUAUUUUGCCUUCCAGCCUGUGGUUUUAAAUCGUAAAACGAUCGUGUCCUCUUUAAUUCUUGGUUUUCUUUGCCCAUUUCAAGGCAUUGACGGUGAAUGAAGGGGGGUCUUCUUUUUCAAAAAUUACUCACUUAUACCAGGUUUUAUUUACUCGCAUGUACCAUUUAUGGCGAUAAAAAGACAAAAGAUCAAGACGCGAGAGUGCAUCACGGGUUUUUGUAUAGUGUGGAAGCUAGCGGCUAUGGUCAAUUGUUUCGAGUAUUAUUUCUAUUCCUCCCUUCCCGCCCAACGCCCCUUCUCCCGAAAAACAACGUUCAGAUUUGAAUUUAAUGGCACGGAAAGUGUAAGAUUGUGGUCCGUUAAUACGUGACUGUCAUUAAUCCUACCAAGAAGGUUGCUAAUUAACUACGAGCGGUAUAAGAAAUGAAAGAGGGGACGAAGUAAAAAACUUGUAUUGAACAUUGAAUCGCCUUGGCUAUCUUUACACUAAUAUGGAGACAAACGCAACGAAGACGGAGACAGAAGUGAAGAAUCUAGUACAGGACGACGGAAAAGAAACCAAAACGUUAUUUAAAUUACAUUGUACAUAUAUAAGCCCUGCUUCAAUGCUGUUGUACUUUGUUCUUUAUAAAAUCAAAACUGUUGAGGUCGAACUUUAUUUUCUAGAGAUGGGAAGUAGCUGAAAGUAGAAGCCAAGACAGAUAUUAAGACACAUUGAAUCGUUUUGUUCUGGUGUCAAUGAGGACAAUCCAGAACAUUUUGCUAGAGACAGGUCCUCCCACAUUUUCCGACAUCUUCAACUCUCCUAUUACUGUAGCAACCUUGCUAUGCCAGUUGUCUCGCCAUGAUUGACCCCCGCAGGGCUACCACCGGCCAGUUUCUGACUAAAACUCAAAGGACUCCCACAUUUUUUGCCAAAAAACCUAGUAGUCUGAACCAAGCCGUUAUCUAAAAUCUUUGCAUUCUUUUGCAGUGUUGCAUGGUGCUUUUUUUAUUAUUAUUUUUUAAUAGGACUGUAUUUAUCUUUUGCCACUUGCUAAGCAACCUGCAUAGCUCCAUAGCUCCAUAGCUCAUUAAAUAGAUAUAUGAAUUCCUAAACAAUCACGCUCUUUUGACAACUUGGCGUUUUUUAAUUUAAAACAUUAUGGUUAUUUCAGCUUGUUAGUACCUAUAAGGAACUUUUAAGGAACUUUUUUCAGUGGAAAAAAGGGGAAAAUUUUACAAAAGCCCUCAACAAACACUAUUUAUUGCCAAUCCGCGUCUCUUCCGUGAUCAACUCCUGGUUAUUCGGAAAAGACUCCCUGGAGGGCGACUGGAAACGAGGAAGUCGAGUAAAACCUCAUCGAUCGCAUAUCAAAUAAUGAUCAGUAAUGUAAUAUUGCGUUACACUCGACAGACGUUAAGCGCAAACGAACCCUGUUAUAUUCCUGUGCGCAGUUGAAUAUGUAACUAUAAAUGAUAUGUGGCAAAAGUCCUCUGGUGUGCAGCGGUGAAAGCUUCAAUUUCGUAGGUCGGCCUCUGGGGAGAUCAAUUGUUUUCGACCAAGCCUUUUCAAGGUAACGAUGACUGCUUCGCCAAGAUAAAACCAUUUAGGGGUUACUUCUCAGCUUCUGGGAAGGAUUUCACAUUCGCUUUAUCUAAAAGGUGACAUACAUGUAAAUCUUCGCGUGUUUGGGUACCUUGUAAGUUCAAAGGUGAUAUUCUCCUCCAAAUUAAUCAGGGUUGCGGCUUAAAAGCUCGAAUUGGGAUCGCAUGUCCUAAAUAAACAUCCGACGGUUCUAUGGAAUUUGUUUUUUGAUCGUGCAUAUAUAAAGCGUUUGUCCCAAGGGCAGUAAAUAAAAGGUAUUGUUGUUAAUGUCGUUCUGGCUAUGAAAAAUAGGUGUCGCGAUGUCUUAGGCCCCUUCCCGUCUGCACGUAUCCAGAUAUUUUUGAAUCAGCAAAUUUUUCUGUGCGGAUUCCAAAAUUUCCACGUCCACACGCAUUUACUAUCCGUAUUCAAAUCGAAGUUAACCGUCCACGUAUCCGGAUGUCAGCUAAUUUGCAAAACGAUCUUCGGCUCCUGCGAAAAUUUUAUCACCAAACUUCUUCAAUAACUGUUUCAUUGACAAAAUUGUCCUACCAGACACCAUUUCCCUCGUUUAACUUGUUUACGGGGUCCAAUUCGUCAGUCCGACAUGGAAAGAAGCUUCAAAAUGUCGAGCCGCUGGUUGGCAUAAUUGAAGUGUACAGUAAUCAUAGCUAGGCUUAACUAUGGAGGCCCGUUCUGGUCAAAAUUAAUAUAAUAAAAUGGUAUCACAAGUGACUUUUUCGGUCAGUGCAGCAUUUACUAUGGACCCGUUGUGUAUUUUUAUCAUCACUACACAGGAUUUUUUUAGUGUGUUGUUAUUUUUUUUUUAGCUGCAUGAAUUAUUUUUUGUUAAGGCUGUUUACUGUUUUUAUGUUGUUGUAUGAAUAAAUUUUUCAUGCGUACCACAAAUAAUUUUUUAGUGGUACCGCGAAUUAUUUUUAAUACAAGUAUUGAGAAUUAUUUUUUCAACGUGCUGAUAAUUAUUUUUCGCUGUAUCGCGAAUUUAUUUUUGGUUCUACAAUGCUAUGCGGGCCUUGCAGUUGAAGUGGACUGGUUCGAGUCUUUGACUUCCUUGAGCGACCACUUUGAAAACUUUGCAAGUGGAGGAGUGUUUUCAAAGAGAAUGCCAAGGCGAAACACUGUCAGAGAACUGAAACGACCGAGGUUUUCAUCUUUCUUACAAAAUCUGUCAGGAGCUAGUAGUCUGUCGUUAGUGAUGAUGUUUUCUGGACCGAAGAUUUAAUAGAGGAGACUACGAAGCAGACAAAGGGACUUCACGACUCGUACACAAUUCUAACCCUUAUUCGGAACAUGACAUGUCUGCCCGAUUGAACUGUUCUUUACCCGGUCUUGUCCUCGAAUCUUCGUCUCGUACUACACAUGCUGGUUUUCGGAACGAAGACGCAGAGAAUGAGAGCCGCUACCCUGAAGUUCAGGAAGAAGCUCCCGAUUCUAAUCCAGGCGGGCGAGCACCAGAAGCAGAGCCAGAUGGACUCGAGGGAGAAGCCCUAAGCUGAGUGCUAGUUAGAGUAGACCUCACUAAAUGGGAAAUUCGAUUGAUUUAUCUAAUAUUUAUGUUAUGGCAUUAUUGGCUAUAUAUGUCAGGUGUCUGACGUUGGACCGACUCAUUCAUCUCCGAAUAUCCUGUCAGGAUUUGAAUCGGGAGAUUUUUUCUGAAGUUCAGGGUAGAGGGCAUUCUCUUUCACAGCAAUGACAAUGACAAUGCUUUAUUUAUUUGGAGUCUUAUACAGUCCUAUGUACUUUGACUUUAUCCAAAUAAUUUAGAAUCAUAACACAAAUUGCACACUAGUGGAACUAUAAUCAAUGUUAACCUAAAGAACUAAUGAUCUUCUUUUCUCAUAGCAGUCGAAUACGUAUUUUGCAAUUAACUUUUGCACUGGUUUGUUCUUGCUCAGCAUCUUCGUUCCGAAAGCCAGCGUGUGUGGUACGGGACCAAGACUCGACGUAUAAGAUUGGGUAGAGAACUGUUCAAUUGGGGAGACAUGUCAUGUGCAAUAAGCAGGGUGUCCAGCGGCAUGGUUGCUCAAAAAUAUAGGAAAAUAGGAGACUCAGCAUUGAGAAAAUAGGAAAAAUAGGAAACUUUGUAUUAAAAAAUAGGAGGAAAAUCAAUAGUACUUUUGUGGACAAAGAUAGCCUCCCUGCACCCCAUCAGGGUUAUAAUAAAUACCACGAGUCCUCAGAUUCUACGUUCGCAGGAUUGAGAUCACCUUUCGCGGCUAAGAAGGAGUAAAAAUGAUCAGUAACGUUUUUAUUGCCUCAGUUACGCUAUAAUCAGAAUGAUAUGCUUGACUGCAGGUCGAGCGUGGUUCUAUAAUCAUGAGUGAUCAUAUGCAAAUUCCCCUCAAGUUGGCGGCAAAUCUUUGAAAAGCUUUGAAGAGUGAAAUUUCUUAGUAUAGAAAUUUCUUACGAUUGAGUUGUCAUUGAAGGAUAUCGAACUAGAACGUAAAAGUCUUAUGGAAAGCUUUCCUUCCAUUAAUCUGCAAUCGGUAGCUGGUUGAGAAUAUGCUUGUUUGAGUCAAAACACCGCAUAAUUUUAAGUACGAAACCAGGCUUUCUGCGGUGUACGCAAAAUGACACUGAUCUGUUUGGUACCAGAUUGUAAGUUUGUCAUGGUUAAGUACUAAGAAGAACAUAACACUGCUUAGCUAUGACUGCAAGACCGGUUUUGCAACCAAACUAUUGGAUCCUUCAUCAGUUGCUUAGGUAUAGCUGUUAACAAGGGCUCACCAAGAGAGCUAGCGCCGUAAACUAAACUUUAGUCUGUUCUUUUCAUAUAGCAUCCAGAAUCAGCUAGUGAUCAUGAUUGGUUUUUAAAAACAAGAUGUUGAUUGGAUUGGCCUGUGUUGUGAGAGGACAACUUGAUCCUGUUUUCAGUUUCAAAGAUGAACAUAAAAGCGAGCAAGACUUCAAGCAAUAUAUCAAACAUGAGAUGCAGUGUUUCUUCACCAGAUGAAACACCGAGAAGAGAGUUGAAAAUACGACGCGCAGCGGAGUAUUUUUGACGAACUUCGAGGUGUUUCAUCUGGUGAUGAAACACUGUGUCGAAUGUUUGAUAUUUCUUCUCAAACAAAAUCAUUUUUGAAGGAGAAAUUAAGGAUGCAAAUACUAAGCAGUGUUUCAUCCGAUUUCCAAACACUCAUUAAACAUUAAUUUCCUUUGUAUUUUCUUAAUGAAUUAUUAAUGAUUUGAGAAAAUAAAAUAUAACAUGUACAGAUACUGAAAUGCAGUUUCAGUGGGCUAUACACAAUAUUAGUCAAUAGUCAGGAGGAGAACUAUAACACUGCAUACAAUACAUGUACAUGUAGGUUAACAAAAAUGUUAGUAGAACUCUAACAGGCAAUAAAGGUCGUGGAAAGAACAAACGUAACUGUUAUUUUUACUAAUAUUAGAAUAUCAAAGUCAACAUACUACUUGCUUUAUGAUAAAUUUCCCUCAAAAACACAUACAAUUAUAAUUUCAUUUUCAAUUUUGUUACAAAUUUUGCCUUCACCGGCUAAAAAAUAGGAAAAAUAUGAGGUUUUAGUUUUAAAAUAUGAGAAAAUAGGAAUAGGCUCAAAAAAUAGAAAAAAAAAAGGAACUGGACACCCUGAAUAAGGGUUAGAAUUGUGUACGAGUCGUGAAGUCCCUUCGUAGUCUCCUCUAUUAAAUCUUCGGUCCAGAAAACCUCAUCACGAACGGCACAGACUACUGGGUCCUAACAGAUUUUGUAAGAAAGAUGAAAACCUCUUUUGUUUCUUUCCCUGACAAUGUUUCGCCUUGGCAUUCUCUUUCAAAGCACUCCUCCACUUCAAAGUUUUCAAAAUGGUCACCCAAGGAAAACAAAGACUCGAACCAGUCCACUUCAACUGCAAGGCCGGCAAAGCAUUGUAGAACCAAAAAUAAAUUCGCGAUACAGCGAAAAAUAAUUAUCAGCACGUUGAAAAAAUAAUUCUCAAUACUUGUAUUAAAAAUAACUCGCGGUACCACUAAAAAAUUAUUGUGGUACGCAUGAAAAAUUUAUUCAUACAACAACAUAAAAAAAGUAAACAGCCUUAACAAAAAAUAAUUCAUGCAGCUAAAAAAAAAAAAUAACAACACACUAAAAAAAUCCUGUGUAGUGAUAACAAAAAUACACAACGGGUCCAUAGUAAAUGCUGCACUGGCCGAAAAAGUCACUUGUGAUGUCAUUUUAUUAUAUUAAUUUUGACCAGAACGGGCCUCCAUAUUUAACUGCACACACGUUAUAAAACUGAAGUCUAAAAAGUAAAGAAGCGAUAACAUUGCGCUCGGCACCGUCUUGAACAUUCAUGGUGGACUCGAUCUUGUGACUUCACUGGAUGAAAAAAAGAAACGGUAUCCGGAUUUAGCGUCCACACGAUUCCGGAUUCAUACCGUAUAUUAAAAAAUUUCCGCUCUGGAGAGCGGAUUCGUAUGCCGGAUUCACCGGAUACGUGUGGAUGAAAGCCGAAACCGCAAAGAAAAAGUUGCGGGUUCAAAAAUAUCCGGAUACGUGUGGACGUGGCUUUGAUUGUCCCUUAAACAUUCCCAGCUUCAUAUCUGCUCUGGGCAAGGUGAGCAUGGGUAUUCCUCGAAAUGAACUACUAAAUGCGCUUGCUAAUAUUUAGACUGAGUUCCCGCUCGGUUUCCUCAUCUUGUAAACUUUUAUGGCUGCUCAUGGCAAACAGCCAGUUUUUUCCCGCAAGAGGUUCUUCCGCUUUUGCAAAUGUUGUGUGUAGCAUUCUGAUGAACACCGAUGAGAUAGCGGUGGGUGAGGAUUUCAAAAGAGGCUUUUUUCGUUAUUCCUUUUAACUUCAGAUCGUAUUCAAAGCUUAGGUGUCCACGAGUUUAAGGUAUUAUUUUCGAAACUUGAGUACCGUAUCUUUAGUUUACACUAGUCAAAUAGGUGCUUGAUUCCCUUGGUUUACCCUGCGUAUCCCCUUCGGCGCAUAACAUUGCGACAGAAAAGGUGGUGGCGAUAAUUACUCGUAAUGGGUACACGAAAAACAUUGUACAAGGUAAAAUUUGGACAGUAGAAGUUGUUAACUUAUAAAUAUCGUGAAAAUCUGCAUUUGGAGCCACAGAGGAGUACGAGAUGAUCAUGUAGCGAUCAAAUUUUCUUAUCCUGCAUGUAUUUGCUAGAUCGGCAGAUUGAAAUCACUGCAAUGUCAGUUUAUAGCGCAUACAGACAAAUAAGGUCUACAAUGGUCUCACUAACAUUCAAAAAUUUUUGUUAUAAUUAUAAUAACAAUUUUUGACGGUUGUUUAAGUUUCGAGCAUUUUGUGGGACCCUCAGGCCUGCCGAGAAAAAACAAUAUAUUGGAGUUUUCCAAUGUCCUAUACAUGGAUGUCAAUUGUGUCAAGUUUCAAAAACAAUGUAGGCAGCAUAUCCUUUUCAAGGGAAUUGGCUUAACAACGCUUGUGUUUCUUUUUUUUUUUUUUCUUUUAAAAAAAAAGCAGGCUGGUUUGGUACAACUACUGAUGAAAUGGGGUGUGGCUCAUUUAGAGGAAUUGGUAAGUUCAUUAUACUUUUCAAAAGUUCUUCUUAAUUAUUCCUUCGUCUGGACCUAGCCCUUCUACGUCUACACUUUGUUCUGUGCAUGUUAGUCUCCUAGAAUCUUUAUGUUAUUCAGACUUACCACUGAUAUUUUUUCAUCAACAAUAAAAGGGAAAACUCUUUUUAUUUUCACACAUUAUAGCGAAGCUUGCGCAAAACGCGUGCAGCGGAGCGCCAUGGGUAAGAAAAAAUGGUAACCUGUGGAAGUGAUGAAUUUUGUAAGUCAAGUGACCGUCCUUCCGUCCGUCCGUCCGUAGAUCCGUCCACCCCUUACAUGUGACCAAUGUCAAAUGUCACACUUGCUACCUAUAAGACAUAAAAUGACAACACCUUGUCAGUUGUACACGCCGUCCAUAAGUGGUUGAAUUGACAGCUGUCAAGAUCGGGUAAUCGCUGACAAACAUCACAUGACCGUCUCGUGGGCUCAGGUAAAAAGACCUGUCCUUUCGCCCCUACAUGUUAGCCGAUGUAAAAUGUCACGCUUACCGACACAGAAAUGAAACUACGUUUUCAUUAUUUUAAAGUUAUGAAUGAACAUUAACUGCAAAGGACCGCAAACGAAUAUGUCCUAGAACAUCGGAUCUAUAGAACAGCUGAUCUGGAAAAAUGUACCAAGUAAACACUUUGAAAUCUGCAAAGCUGAUCGUUCAUUUUGAAUGUUGUCAAUGUUUUACAUUCAAAAGAUGCAAUAAAAUUCACACUGAUGUAUACUAGUCGUGGAGGUAUGUAUGGUGCGCAUGGUAUGUUUGGAAAAAAUAGCACAGCAUCAAAACAGUGAAUGUUGUUGUUGUUCGAAGACGAAAUAACAUAUUGGUCGAUGGAUGUUUUCUACUUUCUUAGGUGUACUAUGCAAGAAAAAAACCUGUGCUUAUAUCCUGAGUGCCAGACUGUGCCGAGAAAUAGGCCAAAGUUAAGAAGAAAUUCUACGAGGUUGUUAAGAAGUUAGAAAGAUUGUAAAUGAAUAAUAAAACAAAUAUUGAAUAAUUCGGCUUUCGAAGGAUGUAAAGAAUAUGAAGAUCUGGGAGGAUGUUAUCCACCUCGACCUAUCAGAUAGCUUAUUCUCACUUGAAGGUUUUAGAGAGCUUUGCCCUUUUUAACUGCACAAGAAAAUACAACCGAUUUGAAGCCUUCUUAACUAUAUCAUUGAUGAUUAAAUAUUGAACCUCGGAUAAUACAUUUCUCGUAUUCUGAUUGGUUCACUCAAUCUCGGUUAUCAGCUCAUAUACUUUAGUUUGACCUUAUAUGGAAAACAACAAAAUUUUUCUCGGACAAAGCGGCGGAAAAAAGUAGAUUUCGCGAGCUUUCUACCGACUAAACAACAGAAAAAUAAACAGAAAAUGCCAUACCGGCAGCGACAAAAAAGUCACAAACUUUGGUUUGAAAUUAUUUAAUGGUACUCCGAAGUUUCCUUACGAUUUUUAAGAAAUCAUAAGCUUUAAAAUUCUUCCGUACGCCGAGCUGAUUACAGUGGGGAACUUAAGAACCACGACGAAGUUCACGACGACGACGUCUGUUGACUGGGAGAAAACUGGAACGAGAACGUCAGUUUCGGCGGGAAAAAGGAAAGUUAAGAUGCAAACGGUCCUUAGGUCGACGACGACGACACUGAAUGUAAACACAAAUGUAAAAAUGUGAUGUUCGUUCGCAACAAAGUUUUCGCAAUGGCGUCUUUUAAAACAAUACAAUAUCUUAUUUUUAAGCCGUACGUUUAAUUUCAUUAACGAUGAAGAAUUUUUUGUGUUGUCUGACCUUUUAGAGUGGAAAAACACCUACUUUCCAUAUGAAAUUAUUCAACUUUCAACGUGAAUGAGAUGACCGAGUCCGAGCGUCUGUCAGAGUUUAGAUUUCGAAAGAGAGACAUUCUGAUGUGUUAGCUGUUUUCCAUAUAAAGUUUAUUUCCUCUAUAUUAAAGAUAUAUGAUUUGCCUUACCUAAAUACGUACAAAUAAAUUUAUCACUUACGAGUUCGCUCGCUCGGCCUCCACAGCUAUUGUCAUUCUUCGAAGUAAAAUCAAUUCAGUAGUCGAAUUUUCAAUCAACAUCGCUUGUUAGGAGAAAAAAGGAACGAUACCUGGAUUCACGAGGAUAGGAAAAUGCAAAGGACUUCAAAAAUCGCUUAAAACAGUGGAUUUAUACCAGCCGAAGCUUGUGGAUUGCAAGACGUGAUUCUACUUUGUUUGGCGUCGUCGACGACACCACGACGAGAAAAUUUACUGGUCGCGCUUCCGCAGUACACUCUAACUCACUUCCAGUCGUCGUCGACCAAGUCGUCGUCUUAAGUUCCCAAAUAAUGUAAUAACAACAACAACAACUACAAAGUUUACUUUAAAUAUUUUCAGAAUGGCUUACAAGUCCUUGCAGGAGUGAGUUUUGCGUGUUUGAAGAGCUUUUACGCCUCUUAACACUUUCGCGAGUCCAUAACGGACCAUAACGGGCCUCAAGUGAAUCCUACAACGAGCGGCUUUCCACUGAAUCAGGUUGAACAACAACAACAACAAAUUGAUUAAUGAAGCUGGGUCUUUGUGCAGCUCCGAUUCAGUGGAGGAAGAAAACGAAAUUGAAGAGCAAUCAGGUGGACCUAUCCAGCGUCAAAUUCAACAGUCACUGCGAGGGAAAGCGAAAACAGUCCAUGUCGAGAAUAGUUUAAGCACAGCGAACUUCCCUUUCAGAUUUCUCAUUCAACUAAGUUCGCAAACGGCGCACAAGUCAUGUGAUUUUCCUUUCGUUUACCGGAAGUUACGCUAGUAUCCAUCCUCGGAGACCCAGGGGCAGUUAGUCGGGUCGAUAAAAUGUCCGUGGUGAAAGUUUACUGUAAGCUAGUAUCCGGUCGUAUUGUAAUAUUUAAAAUGAAAUUUACUAAAAUUCAGUUGUAAUAACCAGACAUUUGGAGUUUUAAAAAAAUAAUAAUAAUUUAAAAAAAAAAAAAAUUAUUUCAUUUGCGCUUGUUGGAUAUGAGAUAGUUAUAGCCUCAUAUCCAACGUGCGCUUAUGGAAUAAUUGUUAAAUAAACAGCCAGGCUGCCGUGCUUGGAAACGAGGUUGAUCGAUGGUAUAUCAUGAUUUAUACCAUCGAAUCGAUAGUAUAUUGCUCGUAUCAAGCGCUAGUUGAUCAGUUUUUGUCUGAGGCAAGUUUUGUGAUCUGUCGUCGGUGGCAUCUGUGAAAUUCGUCUUUAAAGUAAGAAAAUUUGUAAAAAUGUACGCGACAAACCAUCCACACUUGUUAAAAGUUGGUGUUGACAAAAAGUAUGCCUAAAUGACGGCUUUGAACUGCUAUUGCGGGUAGGCUAUAUUUCUCAAAAUUUCUCAAAAAAACAGCGUUACGUGACGACACUAAAAACGGCUGCAAAGGAGACUUGGCACAGAUAUGAGCUUUGAAAUAUUAUUUUUCAAAGCUGAAACGUUGCUUUUUAAAGCAACAGUGAGAAUGGAGACCUUUGGCAAUGAAUGACCUUAUGAAUUUAGGUCUGACUCCACACUACGCGUAGGUAGAACAAAAGUAAAAUGCGUUUUUCCGUUUUCCGAUCCUCAAAAGUACCUAGCCAGUAGCUCAUCGCCCUCUAAAUGAUCACUGAUAAAGGUUUCCUGCUCCAAGUACCGAUCUAGAUAGAGUAUAAAAUAAAAACACAUUUCCGUUCUGAAUUUUCAAAAUAAAAAUUCCAAUAACCAUUCCUUACCUGCCAUUUGUCCUCUACGUCCUCUGUAGUCAUUUCAAAUGUUCUCUUUAAAGAUAACGUUAUCUAAAGAAACGACGGGCUCAGGGUAAGGGAAGUCUAAGAUCUUUGACACUCUUGCCAACCCCCAAAUGGCAAAAAUCUCGAGGUUCUGAAAAGUGGUAGAGAUGUCCUAAAUUUCUUGGUGUAAGGGCUUCUGCAGGCAUUAUGGGUAUUCAAAGUCACGUGUCAUGAGCACGUUUGUUGGCUGCCAUCUUGAAAUGAGAGAUUUAGUUUUUUUGACAUUGAGUCUUCCCAUUUGGUGCAGCGGCAAGUUGCGGCGGGCCGAAGAAUGUAAACAAUACCCCACCAAGUUAACAAUUCACAUUAAUAAAACGCAACACCGCUAGGCGUUUACCUUUGGACUGAAUUUGCUAUCCAACAUAUGAAAACGAACCCUACAGAUGCUCUAAACGUUUUAGGUGUGUGACUUUUCAAGACUAAAAGUGUGGGAAAUCAGUUGUCAACUCGUGAGAGCGUGAGAUAGGUCGUGAAAUCGUGAGACUCACUACAAACUCGUGAGACUUGGCAAAUCUGUUAUGUAUUUCCAUAUCCGAACCUGGGGUCAAUUUAAUAAAACUGUUACAAGUAUAAUUUACAAGUGUAGCCAUUGUUUAAGAGUCUGAAAACAAUAGCUACACUUGUAAAUUAUACUUGUAAAAGUUUUAUUAAGUUGACCCUUGAACCAAACUUCCGAAAAUCGAGUAACUGUUUCUUUCUGCUAAAUAAUCGUGCCCAGUCUUCUCAUGCAUUCAGAUUAGGUUGCCUUCUCCUGAAGUCGAACGCAAAAGUACGUCUGUGCUGCCUGUGUUCCAGCUUGAUGAAAAGUGCCUAUUUUGUAGGUUUUUUUCCCCCUGGCAUGCAAACCUGCUAUAAAAAUAAAUCAUUCUUGGACUGUCUAGAAUACCAGUCGUCCCUCACUUUUGUUCAGGAAUAGAGCGAGAAAGGCGAGACGCUGCUUCGGGUUAAGCACCUUUGAAAUAACGUCUUUCGCCAGAAAAAAGGACCCUUUUGCUUGCUACUUAUUGAGUGGGGUGUGUCAUUUUCAAGCCGUGCAACAAAGGAACAUGCUGUCCAUGCAUGUCAAAUAGUUACAACACCGCACAGCGCUACUCACUGAUUGACAGCUAGCCGGAGCGUCACCUAUUUUGUUUGAAGUCGUUUCCCUGUUGUUGUACAGAAAUCUUAUUUUCGUCCGAUAGAGACCCCCUCUUGUUUGUUUGGCUGUGCUUUAAUAAGUGUUUUUCAAGAUAGCGGCUACUGGCUACCGAUCAUGACCGAUCAGUGAAGGCAAAAAAAGAGGGUAGGCAGAAUUUUACCUUUUUUUGUCGACCUUAUCAGAGAUAUAUGCACAGUGC